GCGCCGCGCCGCCGGGCCCCAAAUGGAUUAUCUGCGGCUGGUGCUCUCCUGCCUCGUCCCCCUGCACGGCUGCCUGGCCGCCGGCAGUGCCCCAGAGCUCCUCCUGGCCGGCAAACUCGGCGAGUAUGGUGUGAUCGUCCCCUUCAGCGCCGAUUGCCGGGGCCGCUUCCUUUCGCACGUGGUGUCCGGUGAAGCGGCGGCCACGGUGGGGCUCGGCGGAGCCGCCUGCCCCCCCUUCCCGCCUGCGUCCCACCGCCGCCGCAUCCCGCGCAGCCCCCUCGAUGAGUCCCCCCGGGGCCGUGGGGCGGCCGACGGCCGCUUGCUCUACUUCAAUGUCACCGUUUUCGGGACGGAGCUGCACCUCCGGCUGAGGCCCAACCGGCGGCUGGUGCCGCUGGGCGCCGUGGCUGAAUGGCAGGAGGAUUUUGAGGUGCUGUUCCGGGAGCCCCUCCAACAGCGCUGCCUUUUCACCGGCGACAUCUCCGGCAUGCCUGGAGCCGCCGUGGCCAUCAGCAACUGCGACGGACUGGCUGGCUUGAUUCGGACAGACAGCAACGAGUUCUUCAUUGAGCCCUUGGAGAGGGGGCAGCAGGCGCUGGAGGAGCGCGGCAGGGCCCAUGUGGUGUACCGGCGGUCGGCCGUCCGGCAGCACAGCGCCCAGCCCCGCCACCACCCCCACCCUCAAGUGCCUGGGGUGCAGGUGGGGGAUCUCCCCAACUCCCUGGAGCCGCUGGCGGAGCGGCUGGGCGACGCCGAGCGCAAGCGGCGCCACGCCAGGAAGGACAACUACAACAUCGAGGUGCUGCUGGCGGUGGAUGACUCCGUCGUGCGCUUCCACGGCAAGGAGCACGUCCAGAACUACGUCCUCACCCUCAUGAACAUAGUGGAUGAAAUUUACCACGACGAGUCCCUGGGUGUUCACAUGAACAUUGUGCUGGUCAGGAUGAUCAUGGUGGGGUACCGCCAGACUGUGACUGCUGGUGACUCUCUGACGGUGGCUGUGACGGACUCUCUGGGACUGGUGGUGACUGUGACGGUGACUCAGUGA